AUUAUACCACUUUACUUGAAUCCAUCAAAAUGCCAACUGGAUCCUGCCUCUGCGGAAAAGUCAAAUACGCGUACGAUGCGGAACCUCUCAAAAAGGCCGUCUGUCACUGCCUAACCUGCCGCAAGCUUAGCAGUGGCAGCUCGACGAAUAUACUGAUUCCCGGAAGCCAUUUUCGACUCACAUCUGGUUCCCCCCAAACUUAUUCAAUGACUCAUGAGAGCGGCAUGAACUUGACGACGCAUUUCUGCGAGAACUGUGGAGUCUUCCUAUACAAGACGGCUGAUAGUGAGGAAUUUAAAGGGGGGAUCAUUGUCUUGGCUGGAACUUUGGAUGAUGCGGAAGAGUUCGAGAAGGCUAAACCAGAGGCGGAGUUUUUUAUUAAGCAUCGGGCGGGAUGGUGGCCUGGUUUGGGUUUUGCAACGCAGUUGCAAGAGUUUAAUUAGGAUUGACGGCAGCGUAUGCUAUUGAAUCCGGUUUCUUUGGUUUUCUUCUUUACGUUUGUCGAAAUCUGGGUCUUGCUAAUGUGCGUGUGUGGAGGCGGUGUUAUUUUCUUGUUGGGGCUUGGUGUACGCCAUGGUCUAUUCGCUUUGUGGUUGUGGGUAGUGGGCAUAAAGAAGUUUAACUGUAUCAUGAUAUAUUCCGAUGUACUCAUGGCUGUAAUAAUCGGAUUUAAGACCGCAAAAAGCUUUCAACUUGGCUGGGUAUGUUAGUUGCGUGUCAGCUUGACCGAAUCAGCUCUCAGCCAAGUAAAACCCACAAACUAAGCUGUAUCAUGUCUAAACCAUGUAAAAGCACCAUGGAAAUGGUUCCCUACAUUGCCUUUCCAAGAUUCAGGAACAUUGAGUGCUAGCAGUGUACCCAAU